AUGCCAUACACUUUACCUGGUUCUUUGCAUCCGAACAACAAGGGAGCCAUAGCAUGGAACGAAAAAGGUCUUUUGGCUUACGGUUCUCAUUACACCUUGGUUAUUGUCGAUGUGAUGAGGAGAAGGAUUAUCCAAACUUUGGAAAAUCAUACUGCAGCGAUAAAUUAUGUUUCGUGGGCUCCAGAAGAAGAUUUUGGGACAUCAUUGGAAGGUUUGGAAAGAUGCGCUUCUGCGGACGUUAGUGGUCAAAUCAUUGUUUGGAAUGUUUUUGAAGGAACAGAUAUUUCUUGCUUUCGACACGAAAAUUCCUCUCUUAGAACUAUUUCAUGGUUCCCAUGGGAAGACACAAAGCGAGAUUUUUUGCUAGCUUUGCAUUCUCCUGGGACUUUGAUCUUAUGGAACACUUCAACUGGCGAUAAAGUUUGGAGUAUUUCAUACGAUAGUCAACUCGAUGUUUUCGCAUUAGAUCCGUAUGAUUCAAGAAAUUUAGCAUUUGGUGUAGUGGAUGGUUCUAUUCUUCUCAUAGAUGAAGUUUAUCUGCAUAAGGCUCCAUCUUCAAAAGCGUGCAGGCUUACUGUAUUUCCCAGCGGCUCUAACGUUUGUCAUUUACAGUACCACAAUGCUUUUCAAGAUAUACUCUUUGCAGCUUCUUUAACAGAGCUUGUUUGCAUGGAAACAGUUUGCCGGUGUGUUUUGUGGAGGUAUACGUUAGAAGCACCACUUCUUAAUAUCCUUUGUUGUGCUGAGCGUGAUGCUAUAUUUACUGUGCAUACGAGUGGAUUGGUAGUGUUGAGGAACUGUUCAAUUGUGCCUGGUGGAGACAGAUGGAUGUCCUGUUUUACCUAUGAAAAAAUAAUGACUGCAGAGACUCAAAGGCAGUCGUUGCAUCAUCGUCUUUUUGCAGUGGCUUUUUGUCCUGUAACUCAAACUUCGAUGGCUUUUCUUUAUAAUUCUGGUCGAAUUGCUUUUUAUCAGAUGGCAUUUGAGGACAGCGCCAGUUUGAAAUGUUAUAGGGCGCAGUUUAUUACAGAUUUUAUAGGUGUUAACGAGAAGCUUCAAAAUUCGGCUCUUGGUGCUUUGAGACUAUCUAAUAUUGGUGAGAUGUUUUCUCUCGGGCAAGGCGCUUCGACAGUUUGCAUGCGUCCUAUUGAUGCUUUGGAGGGCGAAAAUGAGCCUCAUUUGGCAGCUAUCGGGAAUAAUCAUGGAGUCAUACAUCUAGUGGAUGUCUUAAAUUCUAUAGUUUAUAAGGAGUUACACGUGCAUGGAUGCCCAAUAAAGUUUGUUUGCUCACCUGUAAAUAGUUUAUAGUA